GGUGCCUGGCCUCCUUGAUCUCGCGGCCCAAAUGCGGCGGUCCUUCUUUUACGUUGAAGGUUAUGGUGAGCUCAUGGAGGAUUGGCUCCAGAGCAGGACGACUCAGAUCAACCAGGAGUUCCUCCAGCGUGGAACCGCCAUCUUGGGCUCAAACUUUUCGGAGGUGGUCUCCCGGUUACGUCAGAUCUUCAGGCCUGGCAGAUGGAUGUUUUUAUCGGAUCCACGAGUGGAAGGUGAUCUAAUCACACUCUUUCUGGAGGAUUCGAUCCCUCGGCAUGUUCUCAGCAUGACAUCCUUGACGAAGCUGCUGGAGUUAGUGGGAUCCAAUGGAGGAGAUGAUUUUCACAUCUACAACGACAUCGUGCGGCUGCCACCGCUGUCAUCACCAGCAUUGGGGCCACAAGAUCUCACCGAGUCGGCAUUGCUGGAGGUCUUGAAACGUCUGCCCUGCUUUCCACCGCUGCAGCGCUUGGUUGGACCCGGCGGUCGUUAUCGCUUUGGCCGAAUGGAGGUGGUCUUCCAACUCACGGCCACAGAACUUGCAGCGCAGGUUGUGGCAUCGCCACUUCCAGUGCCUGAAGUGCUUCGAGCCUUGGACUUCUUCGUGCAGUUUGGUCCCCAGGAAUACCCCACGGCCACCGUUGAUGCGGUGAAAGCAUCCGACCAAUUGAUGUGUGGCACAACGCAGAUUCUCGAUUUGAAUGCUAUGCCAACUUUGCCAAAGCUGGGCUUUCAGAUGCCCCUGGGCCAGCUGGGUGCAGCCAUUGCACCCAUUGCACCCUUGGGGUCAUUGGGAGCCAUUGGACCAGGGCCAGUCCCUCAGCCCAUGGGUUCACUUGCCAUGCCAGCAUUUAGCGGGCCAAAGUUUGGCAUCGAUGACGACGAAAUAUAGCUGUCGGGAAAAUGA